AUGGAUACGAUUAAAAUAAAGUAUGAAAGGACGCCACCGAGGUGUCACGAAUGUAAAGUAUUUGGCCAUUCUCAUGAGCAAUGUCCAAAGCGGGUGGUUCAAAAUAAAGAGAAGAAACAGGACACUACAGGUGAGGAUGGCUUUACUUUGGUAGGACGUAAGAAAGGGAAAGGGAAAAUUAAUCAACAACCUAGACAGGUUGAGGGGGUUAGGUUAUCGAAACCAAAACCUCAAUUCAUUUAUAGACCUAUACAGAAGAAUAAUGUACCAAAACAAGCUGUUGGUGGGUCGUAUGAUGCAUCUACCUCAUCUACUAUACCAAAUGAUAAAGAAGCAGCUAAGCGCAAGGAGGAGGAUGAGGAUAGUGACAUGGAUGAGAUUAUUGUUAAUGAUGAUGAUACAGUGACGUAUAUAGUGAAGACUACUUUUGAGGAGGGAAGCACUCCCGGUAAUGCUAGUCCUAAUUCUCAUGUUGGUUUAGAGAAAUUGAAUACCCUUUGUUCAAAAGUGUUCCCUAUUUGGUCUUGGACUUCAAAUGUUGUUGUUUGCUCAAAAGGAUCUAGAAUUAUUGUUGGUUGGAAUCCAUAUAUUGUGGAUCUUAUGGUGAUAUCGCAAAUUGAUCAAGUGGUGCAUUCUCAAAUUAAGUUUAAAUCUGAUAAUAAGAUGUUGUUGUGCUCCUUUGUCUAUGCACAUAACAAGUAUACUCAAAGGCGUGUAUUAUGGUGUGACCUUGAUCUUCAUAAUGUUUUUGCGAAAGAUAAAGUUUGGUUCAUCUUAGGAGAUUUCAAUGUUGCUUUGAAUUUGGAUGAUAAAGCUACGGGGACAUCAUAUCUGGAUAUUGGUAUGCAUGAAUUUAAUGAAUGGGUACAAUCUAUUGAGGUCUUUGAUGUGAAUAAAUCAGGACUUCAUUACACUUGGAAUCAAAAACCUCAAGGAAUGGAUGGGAUACUUAAGAAGAUUGAUAGAGUCAUGGCUAAUGUUGAAUUCUUGGAUUGUUUUAUUGGAGCUAAUGCUUUAUUCCAGCCGUAUCGUAUCUCCGAUCAUGCCCCGGUUGUGCUUCGGAUUCCAAUGAUGUCGCCAUCUAAAAGAAAACCAUUUAAAUUUUCAAACUUAUUGGUACAUCAUGAGAAUUAUCAUUUAGUUGUGAGUGAGGCAUGGAAGCUGAAUGUGGAUGGUGUUUCUAUGUAUAAACUAGUGAAAAAGCUCAAACCCUUAAAAAAGCCUUUUCAGAAAACUUCUGUACAAUAA